UGUUCUAUGCAAAUUGCAAAAUGCGAAGUCAAAAUAAAAUGUAUUUUCGAUUAUUUGACCACAAAGUUCACAAAUAAUUAUUUAUUUAAUAAACUGUAAAUAAAAAUAUAGUCAACCUUUUAGUUAAAUUUAUUCUUUUAAAGAAUUUCUACUUUUUAAAUUAAUGGAUUUCUUCUUAAAAAAACCCAGCGCUGUUCUCAAGCGUCUCGGGUCGUCCAAGACUGUUGGCCAAGAUUCUGUAGUUAGCCAUAAUACUAAACCAAAAUCAUCUAUUGUGAGUUUGUUGGAUAGUGACGAGGAAUGUUUUGAAACCAAUAACGUAUCUCCAAAAAAAGGCCAAUUAAAUAUUAAAAAGGAUUCUUCAGAGUUUGUUUCAAAAAAUAAUAAAAUUAUUGAUGACUUUUUCAAUAAUGAUGAUGAUAUAAUAUUUAGCCCUGAAAAAGUUCCAACUUUAAAUGAAAACAAAUCUACUAUUAAUAUUAGUAGUGAUUUUGAGGAACCUAAAAGCCCAUCAAUAUUUAAUGGACACACGACCUAUAAAAUUUCACCUGAAAAAUUUAAAAGAAAGCUCUCUAUAUCUGUUACAUCAACACCAAACAAUACAGAUCUAACUAGUGAAUGCUCAAUUAAUUCAUUCCUAAAUGAAAAUUCACCGAAAGAUAUGGAAAAUUGGUUAACUAAUAUUAGUAACAAUCAACUACUGGAUAAAAUAAUUUCUGAUAUACCAAUAAGGGAUAUGAAAGGCCAUUUGUUAGGAUUGGAAAAGUUAGAAUACACCAUCUUAGAUCAGGUAUUUGAUGUUUUUGUAAAUAUUCCAGAGAAUGUGGCAAGUACCAUUCCUUGUCUUAAGGACUUUUCAAAAAUAUCUCAGCUUAAAAGAAUAAGACAAAAGUUAAAAAAUAAAAUGCAACUUGGCAAGAAGCGUCUGUUGAGCGAUCAAGAAUCAUCAAAUGAAUAUUCAAGACCGUCUACUUCAUAUGCAUCUAUUUUUACAAAUAGAUACCCUGAAUCUAUUAAUAUAGGCUGUGAUGAUGUCAAAUUCAAAGACUACGAACUUAGUUCAACCUCAAAUGGUUCGAUUAAUACUGAUUUUAAUAAAUCAAAUUCUAGUUGUGUUCAAGCUGGCCCGAGUAGUAGUUGUAAUGUUAGCAAAAAAUGGUUUGAUAAUCAUUCAGAUUUUCAAACAAUGAAUGCUUCGUCAUCAACAACUCCUUACGGCUAUUCUAAUGUGUUAUCACGCGAGCGUUUAAAUGUGAACGAUAUUGAUCACAUUGUGAAUAAUAGUAACUUUGAAUCAUUCUCAUCUUCUGGUAUUGAAAAACGUAUAACCUCUACGUAUUCAAAAGAAAAUUAUGAUGAUUUUGCCCCAUAUAAAGCUUCAGAUUACACAAAUACAGCAAAUAACAGUAAUUUGGUAAAUAACUUCAAUUAUAAUGAAGUUGGCAGUAGUGGAUCUAGAACUAAUCAUCAACAAAAAUCUAGUACUAAGAUGCCUUCUACAGUUCAAGUUUCAGUUGGAGAAUUCAGUAAAAAUAAUUAUCCUCAUUCUAGACAACUUUUAACGGUAUUCAGAUCAACAUUUGGUUUGCAUGAUUUCCGCCCCAACCAAUUGGAAGCCAUAAAUGCCGCUUUACUUGGUCAUGACUGUUUUGUAUUGAUGCCUACUGGUGGCGGCAAAUCGUUGUGCUAUCAAUUACCUGCAGUUAUAUCUAAAGGAGUGACAAUUGUUAUUUCGCCGUUGAAGUCAUUAGUCAUAGAUCAAACUGAAAAAUUGAAAUCAUUAGAUAUUCCAGCUGCUCAUUUAUUGGGAAAUAUGAAAGCCGAUGAAGAAAAUAUGAUUUUUACUAAGUUAUGUAUGGCAGAGCCAGGACUGAAAAUGUUAUAUGUAACACCAGAAAAAAUUGCUGCUAGUAUGAAAUUAUCACAAGUUUUAGAUAAUUUACAUUGUCGUGGUCAAUUGGCUCGUCUUGUAAUUGAUGAAGCACAUUGUGUUUCUCAUUGGGGCCAUGAUUUUCGCCCCGAUUAUAAACGCUUAGGAGAAUUUCGGAAAAAAUACCCUAACGUCCCAAUAAUGGCUCUCACGGCUACUGCUACUCCUCGCGUACGAGAAGAUGUACUUUAUCAGUUGCAGAUUAGUGGAACAAAAUUAUUUUUAUCAAGUUUUAACAGGCCUAAUUUACUUUACAAAGUUCUUCCGAAGAAGGGUAAAUCAGUCUUAGCUGAAAUAGCUGCCCUCAUAAAACAAAAAUACAAAAAUCAAUCUGGAAUAAUUUAUUGUCUUAGUAGAAAUGAGUGUGAUAGUACAGCAACUUUUAUGUCUAAUGAGGGAAUUAGAGCUAUUAGCUAUCAUGCUGGUCUGACUGAUGAUAAGCGUAAUGAAGUACAGUUAAAGUGGAUCACCAACAAAGUCAAUUUAGUUUGUGCUACAAUUGCCUUUGGCAUGGGGAUUGACAAACCAGAUGUGCGGUAUGUUUUUCACUAUUCACUACCAAAGUCUAUUGAAGGUUAUUACCAAGAAUCUGGUCGGGCCGGACGAGAUGGAGAAAUAUCCCACUGUCUGCUAUUUUACAAUUAUAGCGAUAUGCAUCGAAUUAGAAAAUUAAUUGAGAUGGGUGAUAAUGGUACUCAAGAAUCAAAAAAAGUUCAUAUUCAAAAUCUGUAUAGAAUUGUUUCGUACUGUGAAAAUAAGGCUGACUGUAGGCGAAGUUUGCAAUUAAAUUAUUUCGGUGAACAUUUUAACAGUGAAUUAUGUAUUGCAAACAGUAUUACAGCAUGUGAUAAUUGUCGAAAUAAAGCAACAUUUAAACUUAUUGAUGUCACUGACGACUGCAUUGAAAUAGUUAAGACAGUUAAAGAGUUAUGCAGUUCUGGUAGUAAUAGCUGGCAAAAUAAUUUUACGUUGCUAUACAUUAUUGAUAUAUUCAAAGGAAGUACAAAUCAGAAAAUUAAAUCACACAACCAUGAAAAACUACGUUUGCAUGGUCGUGGUAAACAUUGGGAGAGAUUUGAUGCUGAACGUUUAAUGCAUAAAUUAGUGCUUGAAGGUUAUUUAAGAGAAGAAAUGGUUGCUUCCAAAAUAGAUAUCAUCAAUGCUUUUGUUAGGGUUGGACCUGAAGCAGAAAAACUCUUUAGAGGUUCUGUAAAAUUAAAAUUGUCCUCGACUACAAAGAACAAAUUGAAUGUAGAGACUACUAGUAAGACAAAUAAUACUCCAGUUAAUCCGGUAAUUAAAGAAAUUGAAGAUAGAUGCUAUGAAAACCUUAUGGAUGUGUGCCGUGGAAUUGCAGCGUCAUUAAAUGUCAACACUAAUGCUAUUAUGAAUGUACAAGCAAUUAAAGAAAUGUCUCGGAUACUACCAGAAACCGAAGAAGAAAUGUUAAAAAUUGUAGGUGUUACUAAAGCAAACUUUGAAAAGUACGGUCGGCAAUUAUUAGAAAUAACACAAGAAGCUGCAGCAAAUAAAUUUGUGGUUGCUUGUGAAGAAACUGAACAAAAUGACGACGGUGAAGGUGAAGAGGAGGAUUGGCUUAAAACCAGUGUGGAUUGUCCAUAUUUUGACGAUAUGUCUGGAGGCAUAGUCAAUGCCCGCGGUGGAAACAAACGGAAAACAAAUUAUUCUGCCAAAGGAGCUAAACGAUUUAAAAAAGGGAAAGCAAAAUUUUGGCCAAAGAAAAAGGCUGGUACGGCUACAUCUAGUUCAGCUCCAAAAAAUUCAAAAGUAACGACUACAACCAUGAAAACAAAUGCUAAUUUUCCUCCUUCAGCUAGACCAGGAUUUUUAUCUGCACCUAAAGUGUCUUACUUUUAAUUUUUAAAUAUUUUUUUUGCCAAAAAUUCUUUAUUAAAUUAUUUUUAAAUCCUGCAGACUGGUAGUUUUAACAAAGAAAAAUAAUGUUAUGUAUAUGUAGUGUUUAAUUUGAUAAUUUGUAAUACUAUGUUAAUUUAUAUAUAUAUAUAGGAUACAUGUAUAUUUGUGUCUUGUGUUUUUUUUUUGUAUACAUGAUGUUAAAGUAAAUAAUGGUUUGUCCUAUUAUUCUAAGAUACACUUAAUUAUAUUCAUGUAUUUUCUACUUCUUAUUAAUGUGCCGGCUAUUAUAUUAUAUUAAGGUAUUUAAAUAUUAUAG